AUGAUCAGCCAAGGUAGCCUGUUGGCUCUGUCCGUUCUCUCCUUCACUACGUUGGUCAGUGCUAGACCUGAGAACUUGAGGGGACGCACUUAUCCCGACACCAACACCUGCCCAUGCGUGCCCGCACCGGAACCCAUCACCGUCACUAGUACUACUACUGCGACGGCUACCAGGACUGAGACGGUUGAGGCAACAGCUCCAGCAAUCAGGGAAACCACUACAGAAUCUCAGAUUCUCACUCUGACCAUCGUACGUCCGCCAGUCACCGAGACGGUCCACAUCAGCAAGGACCAUCCAGGCGAGACGGUCACAGUCACCUGCACCGAGACUGUCAGCGAGAAGCCUGAUGGAUCAGUUACUACCAAGACACAACCUCCUUCGGAUGGAGAGCACACCAGUACCCGCGGACCUGAGAGCAACUCGGAGGUCACUACGAAGACAAUCCCUCCAUCGGAUGACGAGCACACCAAGACUUACGGAACUGACAGCGACUCGGAGACAAAGCCCCCGCAUCAUGAGACCACCAAGACACCCGACUCUACCUCGACUGAGAGUAGUCCUGCGGUAACCAGCAACGAAAGCACGCCCACAGCACCAUCUGGGCCGAGCAGCGACAAUACGGCAACCACCACUCCUAGGAGCUCUGCAACAACAGUCCAGUCUGUGAAGCCUACAGCCCCAAGUGCAAAGACCAGCGAAAAGCCAACACAGAGCAGUGUCGGCGACGACAGCAGCUCACCACCCGAGCCCACCACAAGCAAACACCACUGCGAUCACUGGGACGGCAACCACUGUGUCAAGCCAACAACCGCCUCUGAGUCUUUUGUCACUGCUACUACGACCCGAGGUGCUCGGCCAACAGGCUCAAUUUGCCCUGUUUCCGUGGCCUUCAUCACUGUGUAUAACACCGUCACUGCGACCGUUUACCAGAGUGGUGCUGGGACGGCAUCAUCGACGGCACAGGCGAACGUUCCUCGCGCGCCUACUGCGGUGGGCGCAUACUGA